UUUGGGACAUCAUUAAGGGCCGGCGAGGACCCCUGAGAUCAAAUGGUAGAACCAGAGCAGAGGGACUCGUAGACCCAUCUCUCUCUCUUUCCUUCUGUCUUUUUUAUUUUCUCUCUCUCUAUUCCUCGGCUGGACUUUUGGAUUGGAUUGGAUUUCGUUUCACACCUUUAUAAAGACAUGAAAGUGGAGGUGAAUUAAAAGACUUUAUUGAAACAGCAGGACUGGGUGCAUUGGACCUGUGCCAUAAAGGAACUGCCUUCUUUGCUCUGAAUGGGAUUUCCAGAGUGAAUAGCAUCGUCGCUGGCAUCCACGCGACCCUGAACCACUGGCUGUCGGAUCGCAUUAGGCUUAAGAUGCAAUGACUUCUUAGUAGACCCUGAUCCACCUCUUCUUUUAUAAAUGACCCUGGUUAAAGACCACUUGCUUGAACAUCCGACAUGCAGCCCCUACCAAUGGACCAGAGAUUUUUGAUGUUCGGGUGCUUGAACCCUGUGAUCGCUGCAUUGUAAUGUAAGUAUGUAAGGAAAAUGAGCACGCAAAGGCCGUUCAUUGACCCAGCAAUGUUCAACAUUGUCAGCGACAUGAACUGCACAGAGGUUCCUCCGCGGUGCGUCUUUGGACCAGCAGAAGGCCUGGACGCGCCGACCUCAUAUCACAUGGACUUUAAUGGACCACAUCAGGGCUUGACCUCCAUCCAAAGAAUGGAGAGCUCAGGUGCAGAAGCCGCCAACUUCAGCGUUGAUCGCUCCUCCAUCGAGACGUCGCCCAUCUAUCAUGGAAGUUCUCACAGCGGGAGAUCCAGGAGGAAGCGGGUGAUCACCACCGUCCAACGCCAGGCCGCCAACAUCAGGGAGCGCAAACGGAUGUUCAGCCUGAACGAGGCUUUCGACGAGCUGCGCAAGAAGGUGCCCACCUUCGCAUACGAAAAAAGACUGUCGAGGAUCGAAACGCUGCGCCUGGCUAUUGUCUACAUCUCUUUCAUGACGGAAUUACUAGAAAAAUAAUUUAAAAAAAGAGAGGAAUUAAUGGAACUCACAUAUUAUUUAUUAGACUCAUUUGGACAUACCUUGUAUCGUAUGCAAAGUUGGAGCGACCAAUUCUGGUGCAAUGACAUUUAAUAUUUUUUGGUUAUUUCAUUUUUUUUAAUGGACAAAAACCGCGCCGCUGCACGAUGUACAGUAUGUUGUUUGGAGGCAGAAAAAAAAUGUUCGCAGAUGAAAUACAUGGUUUCAUUUUAAACAUAAAACAAUACAAUCAGAAACAUACUUUAACUGUCUUUUAAAAUGUGCAGAAUAUGUUUAGGUUUAAGUUUGUCUCUUGUAAGAAUUCAUUCAUCUACAUUCACUCUUAAAAUCAACAAAAUGUGGACAGGCCUUUGCAUAAUAAUGUUUGAGAACAUGUUU